AUGGCCAGUGCUUCUUUUGACGCCAAUAAUCUCGACGAUCAACCGCUCGUAGCGAACAUUGUUCCGGAGCUCUACAUCAAGGCGCACCAACUCCAGCGAACGAUCAGCGUCAAAGCUCUCGACCUACUGGCAUUGUCCUUCGCAUCAUCCAACGACGCCAACCAGCAGUUCCUCGACGUGGGCUGUGGGACGGGCGACUUCACGCGGCAAGAACUGCUGCCGCGCUGCGAGCCCUGCCGAAGGAUUGUGGCCACCGACGCCUCUCCAACCAUGGUGGAGUACGCCAGGAAAAACUUCCCGCACGAGAAGAUCGCGUACGAAAUACACGACAUCGAAAGCGACGUCUCGAGGCUCUUAGAGAAGUAUGGCAAGUUCGAGCGCGUCUACUCGUUCUUUGCCUUGAACUGGGUGGAAGACCUCGCGGCGGCUGUCCGAAACGUGGCCGACUUGAUGACCGGAGAUGGCGAGUGCUUACUGGUGGUGUCGGCUCGCAUCUGUCUCUACAGGAUCUGGAGGAGAAUUGUGGAGAUGGACCGGUGGAAAGAGUACAAGAACGUUGUCGAGCGUUUUAUUCCACAAAGCCAGGAUAUAGGAGACGGGCAGGGCCUCACCUCCUAUAUGCUAAACGUUCUUCAGAAAGCCAACCUCAAGCCGCGCACGUGCGAAGUGCUAACUCAAGACUCACGCAGCAUGGAUAGAGACGAAUUCAUCCAAAUCCAACUUUCACUAAAUCCGAUUAUGCCAUUGCUGUCCGAGGAAUCAAAGACGAUACUCAAGAGAGACGUGGCGGAGGUUGCGCUCAAGUUUUUGUCCGAGAAACCAGCCGGGGAUCCGCAGUACCUCUCGGACGUCUUCGUAGUUCAUGCAAACAAAAUUUCCAACGAAGCUUAA